AAAAUAGACUUGUCACAAGACUCCUCCUUGGAUGUCAGGAAGAGGGAUGUCCCUGCUCUCAGGUGUUCCAAAAACAACACCCAACCUCCAGAGGUCAAUGGUUAAUAUUUCUGAGUGUUUAUAUAGUCCCCAGCAGCAGACUUCAGGCCUUUCAGCACUGGGCUAGCUCCAGCACCAUGGCUGGCUUAUGGCAGAUGAUCCUGGCCUUCAGGAAAUACCUGAUCAUAGUGUUUGUACUCCUUUUGUUUCUUCCUCUGCCUCUUGCUGUUCCUACUAAGGAGGCCCGAUGUGGUUAUGUUAUCAUAGUGAUGGCACUCUUCUGGUGCACGGAAGCCUUGCCGCUGGCUGUCACUGCUCUCUUACCCGUCCUGCUGUUCCCACUAAUGAAUAUCAUGGAUUCAACAACAGUCUGCCGGGAGUACCUGAAGGACACCAAUAUGCUUUUUAUUGGGGGACUGCUGAUGGCCAUUGCUAUUGAGAACUGGAACCUACACAAGCGUGUUGCUCUUCUGGUCUUGCUCAUUACUGGAGUCAGGCCAGCCCUACUUCUCCUGGGUUUCAUGGUUGUGACUGCCUUCCUGUCAAUGUGGAUAAGCAAUACUGCCACUACUGCCAUGAUGGUCCCAAUAGCACAAGCAGUGUUGGAUCAGUUGCACAAAUCUGAAGUGGAGUCCAGCACAGCUGGUCAAGCACCUGAUAACAUCAAUAAAGCUUUUGAGCUGCAGGAAGAGACAACCAAACCAGAGAGAUUAAAAGAAGCAGAGGAAAUAGGGAAUAGUCAUGUUCUGACAGUUGAGGAAGACAGGAAGAGAAAUGAAAAUCUUCUAGAAGAGAAACACGAGAAAUUCAGCAAGGGAAUGUCUCUCUGUAUUUGCUACUCAGCCAGUAUUGGAGGGAUAGCAACUCUGACUGGGACAACACCAAAUCUGGUUCUGCAAGGACAAGUUGAUGAGCUCUUUCCUAAAAAUGGCAAUGUCAUCAACUUCGCCUCCUGGUUCUCCUUUGCCUUCCCCACCAUGGUUGUGUUACUGUUUUUGGCGUGGAUUUGGCUGCAGAUAUUGUAUCUGGGCUUCAAUUUUCGGAAGAAUUUUGGUUGUGCUGCAAGUCCCUCUGCAAAAGCUAAGGAGCAACAUGCCUAUGGUGUUAUUAAGGAAGAGAUCAAGAAAUUGGGCUCAAUGAAGCCUGCGGAAAUAGCAGUUUUGGUCCUCUUCAUCCUACUGGUACUGCUCUGGUUUACAAGAGACCCUGGUUUCAUCCAAGGCUGGGCAACAGUUCUUUUCAAUAAAAAUAAUAUAAGCUACGUCACUGAUGCAACAGUUGCCAUCUUCAUUUCAGUUUUGUUGUUCAUCAUCCCUUCCAGCUUUUCUACCAAUGACACAGACACACUACAAACAGGCAGCAAGUCAAAGAUCCAAACACCUCCAGCCCUCUUGGACUGGAAAGUAGUUCACCAGAAAAUGCCAUGGAACAUCGUGUUUCUGCUGGGAGGUGGCUUUGCCUUAGCCAAAGGCAGUGAGGAAUCUGGUCUGUCUGCAUGGUUAGGCAGCAAACUGACUCCUCUGCAGCAAAUACCUCAUCCAGCUAUUGUUAUCCUGUUGAGUCUUCUUGUUGCCACUUUCACAGAGUGCACCAGCAACGUGGCCACCACUACACUCUUUCUGCCUAUUCUGGCUUCUAUGGCUGAAGCAAUUUGCCUCAAUCCACUCUAUGUCAUGCUGCCCUGUACACUUUCUGCAUCGUUGGCAUUCAUGCUCCCAGUGGCCACUCCUCCAAACGCCAUUGUCUUCUCAUAUGGACAACUCCGGGUGAUAGAUAUGGCCAAAGCUGGGUUUGUGCUCAACAUCCUAGGAGUUCUGACAAUAACUCUAGCCAUCAACACCUGGCCUUCACCUGUAUUCGAACUGCAAACUUUCCCAUCUUGGGCAAACAGGACAGGUAUAUGCCUGUAACAUUGAGAGGCAAUGGAAGCAACAACUGUUUCUGUUGGAACUGCAAUGAGAGCAGGACUGACAUCCCCACCAGUGGUUAAGAGACAGGUUUGUUCUGUGAAAAGGACAAGUCAUCUACAAGCAAAACCAUUCAGUUGAUAACAGCAAUAAAAUUGCCUAACAGUGCUGUUCAGCAGGCGAUUUUGUUAUCCCAGCAGUAAGAUGAGGUAACCUUUGGCUUUUUGGCUGUUCCAGAUAUCUUUAGAUUUUCUGUCUCAGCAGGGGCAGGUUUUUCCCCAAGUGAUAUCUGUGUUGCUUUUCAGCUCCAUGUGUGAAGUCUGAAAUCUGCAGUGAGACAGGAGAAGUGUUUAUGGAAAAGGACUUUAUGUACCUGAUUUCAUGCAUAUCUCUGUGUAUGGUCACAACUAAUACAAGUAUUCACUUGUAUGAGGAUACAGGCUGCUGUGCAUCUGUUCAAAAUGUAUGUGGUUGUUACAUACUCUGUGGGCAUUCACAGAAAGACAUGGGCUGUAUGAUCACAGACAAAGCACAUACUGUCAGCUCCUCCUGUUACUUUGAAACAUAUUUAUUUGCAGUCCACUUGUUAUGAAUGUAAAAUAACUUUUUCCUAGAAUAUCUGUCCUAUUGUUAUUUAUGUAAGAUCACAUUCU